AUGUCUGUUCCAAACCACUCGCCCUCUGCGAAAACCACCGCGUACGGUGCGAUCCCGAUCCCGAACCGCGGCAACGUGCCUAGACGGUCGAUGCUGUUCAAUUCGCCGCUCGGGUCCUACAAGACCCCGAACUCGCUGUCUGGUUUUGCAUCGUCGUUUCACCGUGCGCAGUCGUUCCGGUCGGUCGAGCCGCGGUUCAGGGCGUCGCGCUCGUACUUCCAGGACGACGAGGAGCUGAUCGACCCAGAAACAAUGGCCCCGUCCGCGCUGGGGCACAAGAUCUCGACCGUGCUGCAAAACAAACCGAUCUCCGACUCGUCUGUUUUCGACGAGGCUGCCAUUGACGACGCCUCGUUUGCUGACCACAGCUACCUGGAUCUCUCGCGGACCAACUCGCUGCACUCGUAUGCGGCGUCGUUUCUCACCGCAGACGACUCGUUCGCAUUCCGCCAGGUCGAGGACAGAGACGGCAAGAUGGUGACGAUGAUCGCGCCGCGGUCGACCGUUCCGCAGACCGUUUUCAACAGCAUCAACGUGCUGAUCGGCAUCGGGCUGCUUGCAUUGUCCAAGGCCAUGACGUACUCGGGCUGGUACUGCGGAAUUGCGCUUUUGGUGUUUUCUGCCUCCAUUACUUACUGGACUGCCACGCUGCUCAGCAGAUGCAUGGACACGGACCCGACGCUGUGCACUUAUGCCGACCUGGGCUACAAGGCGUUUGGAACGAAGGGCAGGCUCUUCAUUUCGGUGCUUUUCUCCAUAGAACUGGUCGGUGUCGGCGUGUCCUUGAUUGUGCUAUUUGCAGACUCGCUGAACGCGCUGUUCCCGCACAUUUCGGUCGUCCAGUUCAAGCUCAUUGCGUUCUGCGUGCUCACGCCGUUCUCGUUUCUCUCGUUGCGUGUGCUGAGCGGAAUCAGCUUGCUGGGAAUCACGUGUACCAUUUCUCUGGUGAUCACCAUCGUCCUCAUCGGGCUCUCCAAGCCAGAGAGUCCGGGCUCUUUGCUGCAUCCCAUGCCCACCAGCCUGUACCCGGCCUCGUUGCACAAUUUUCUCGUCUCGUUCGGCAUCAUUCUGGGCCCGUUCGGGUCGCAUUCGCUGUUUCCUGCUCUCAAGUCAGACCUCGCAGAGCCGGAAAAAUUCCAAAAAUGUCUCUCCAUCACGUACACUGUCGGCUUCCUUGCCGACUCCACCAUGGCCAUCGCCGGCUUCGCCAUGUUUGGCGCAGGCAUUCUCAACGAGAUCACGCAGUCCGUCCUCGUCACCAAAGGAUACCCGAACUUUGUGUAUCUGCUGGUGAGUGUGUGCGUCUCUAUGGUCCCGAUAGCCAAGACACCGCUCAAUGCGAUGCCGGUGAUCAAUAUUCUGGAGUUUGUGAUGCACGUGUCGCCGCAGCAGAUCGACUCGCCGUCGUUUUUCCAAAAACUGCUGCGCAUAGCUGCCAAACUGCUCGUCAAUAUGUUGUUUGUGCUGAUCGCCAUCAUCUACCCAGAAUUCGACAAGAUCAUUGGUCUGAGCGGCGCGUCGCUCUGCACCAUCAUCUGCAUCAUCCUGCCAUGCGCGUUCUAUCUCCGGCUGUGCCGCCCGGACAACGCCUGGUUCUACCACGCGGUGAUCGCGGCCGCCGCAAUCGUCGGCGUAGCUGCCACCACCGCAGCCAUUACGGAUUAA